CAAUUUCUCUUUCCUUUCUCAGGAACCCGCCGACCCAAAUUUUCACAAAUAACAUAACAGAAAAAAGUAGACAACACAGAGUUUCUGUCUGCUCUUUACCGCAUCGAAACCUUGUGUCCAGUUUAGUGUCGGAAAUCUCCAUCUCCACUUGGGUAUGGAGAUUAAUCUCCCAGUUUGACCCCUUUUGAUUCCUUCAUCAAUCAACAACAAGAAUCAUUCGAUUGGAGACUUUGGAUCAUUCGCUGUCCCAAGUUGUAGAGGUUGUUGAGGAAUUGAUUGCAUUGGAGUAGUAGAAGUUGGAAUGGGGGUUGUAGAGGCGAACCCACAUUUGGACUCGUCAAGCAGGACAGUUGUAUCGCUUCAUGGCAGUCAUUCUGAAGCAAGAUUGGGCAAGAAGCCCAUGGACGUUGGUGAGUGUUCUUACAGCCCCAGUUCGGGUAAGAUUAAGAGGCGACUUGUCUCUGCUGUUCGUGAUUUUCCACCCGGUUGUGGAAGAAAUGUUCUCUUAAACAAUGGUGUUGCUGGUACUUCUAGGACUGGACCAAUGGAGGGUAGCAGUGAACUGGAAGCCUCUGUUGGUGCUUCUCAGAGUGUACCGACUGAAAAUUCGGUUGCUGGGGAUAGGAUCAAUGAUGGGAAUGAAGUAGAUGAUAGUGACAUGAUGAGUGUGCCAGUUGAAACUAGAACAUCGUUAGAAGAUGAAGUAUCUGAUUUGCAGGCGAAUCUGUGUCAGUUGAGCAACAAUUCAACAAUUGUUGAAGGGGCAAGUCCUGUUGGUACUACUGAUCAGGCUGAGCAGUUGAUUAGGAGGGAUAGAAAUGAUGAUGGACAAAAAGCUGUAAGCAUGAUCCUCUCAGCUGGUCAGGUGGGUGGCGAUUCUGACUUAAUGAAUAGGGCUGUUGUUGGUACUGUGGAAACAGAUGAAUUAACAGCCUUAGACCAUGAAGGAUCUGAUUUGUCACUAAACCCUUAUCUAGUGCGUAUGGCUACACAGGAUGUACAGAUGGUUUCUGUGAUGUCAGAUCAAAACUCUGCUUCCAUUUCCGUUUCUAAUAGUGGUCAGGAGAAGAAUGCAGCUAGAAGAUAUCCUCCUCGAAGACAUGUCUCAGCUGUUCGGGACUUCCCUCCUUUUUGUAGAAGGAAUGCUGCCUUGGAGGCCAGAAAUUUCAGUGAAGAGCAGUCGGAUAUGGGUGACAAGCCAUCCUCAUCAAAGAUGAAUACCAUUAUGCAACAAGCAGGAGUGGGUGAUGUUCGGGAGGAAGAGUUCCACAAGAAUGAAUUGGGAGGGAAUGAUUAUGAAGUAACUGGGGACGGAGUUCAAACUGAACGCAAGGGACAUGAUGUAGAAGAAAUGGAGAGAAAAGAUGAAUGCAACAAUGGGAUGAAGUUGGUUUUGGAAGAUACAAGAAAAAAUGAGAUUGUACCUUCUCAAGAAGAAAGCAAUGAAUGUAAAGGGACAAGGGAGGAUGGUAUACAUUCAGAGAAGAAAGUGGGGAAGCAGAUUGUGGUAUACCAUGAGAAGAACAGUCCAGGAGGAAAUAUCCAAGAAGAUAGGGUGAUUGUAAUGGGUUUGAUGGCUGCAUCAAAUUGUCCAUGGCUGAAGGCAAUAGAGGUGGAGGAACCUAAACCAAAUGGUGGCAUGAGUGAAGGCAAACAGAAGAAACCAUAUGGUAUGAGUGGAAGCAAACGGAAGAAACCAGAUGGUAUGAGUGAAAGAAAACAGAAGAAACCAAGUGCUGGUGUUAGUGAAAGUAAACAGAAAACACUUCAUUUUGAAUGUCAGCCAGAAGGAUCUAACACUACUCCUAGGACUAAAAGUGACUCGAAGAUUGGGCGAAAGCCUAGAAAGACAAAUGGUGCAGGAGCAAGAGAGACUGCUAAUCAAGGCACGAGCCAGCAACUUGUUAUUAGGGGCGAGGAUGCGGUUCCAAUAUCAUGUUAUACACAUGUGUCACAUGUGUGCCCUCCUCCUUUUUGUCAGAGUAGUUCAAGCAAUGAAGUUUGUGAUGGUGGUGCAAUUGUGACCCGAAACAAGGUGAGGGAGACAUUGCGGCUUUUUCAAGCUGUUUCUAGGAAGCUCUUGCAGGAGGAUGAAGCUAAGUCAAAGGAAGGAGGAACCUCCCGCAAAAGGUAUGAUCUUCAAGCAGCAAAGAUCCUAAAGGAAAAAGGAAAAUAUGUAAAUGUAGGCAAACAAAUCUUGGGAGCUGUUCCUGGAGUGGAAGUUGGUGAUGAGUUUCAUUACAGAGUGGAACUUCUUAUGAUUGGCCUACAUCGCCAAAUUCAAGGUGGUAUAGAUUAUGUUAAGCAUGGGGGGAAGAUCCUUGCAACCAGUAUUGUUGCAUCAGGGGGGUAUGCUGAUGCUUUGGAUGAUUCAAAUUCCUUGAUUUACACUGGCCAAGGAGGAAAUAUGAUAAAUACAGAAAAGGAACCUGAAGAUCAGAAGCUUGAACGUGGCAACCUUGCUUUGAAGAAUAGUCUGGAUGAAAAGAAUCCUGUUAGAGUGAUCCGUGGGUCUGAAUCAUCAGAUGGAAAAUCUAGGACAUAUGUGUAUGAUGGACUAUAUUUGGUAGAGAAAUGUUGGCAACAUUUGGGGCCUCAUAAUAAGCUUGUAUACAAGUUUCAUCUGGACAGAAUUGCGGGUCAACCAGAGCUUGCUUGGAAAGAGCUUAAGAAGUCCAAAAAAUUUCAAGUACGUGAAGGUAUCUGUGUUGAUGAUAUUUCAGGUGGCAAAGAGUCCAUUCCUAUCUGUGCUGUGAAUACCAUAGACGAUGAAAAGCCUCCAUCCUUUGAAUACAUAACUAGCAUGAUAUAUCCUUAUUGGUGCCGCCCACUUCCUCUCUUGGGUUGUAGCUGUACUGCUGCAUGCUCAGACUCAGAGAAAUGUUCUUGUGCAGUUAAGAAUAGAGGUGAGAUCCCAUAUAACUUUAACGGGGCUAUUGUUGAAGCUAAACCCCUUGUGUACGAGUGUGGACCUACUUGCAAAUGUCCUCCUUCUUGCCAUAAUAGAGUAAGCCAGCAUGGUAUAAAAUUUCAGCUUGAAAUUUUUAAAACUAAAUCAAGGGGAUGGGGGGUGAGAUCCCUUAAUUCCAUUCCUUCAGGAAAGUUUAUUUGUGAGUACAUAGGAGAGCUCCUUGAGGAGAAGGAAGCCGAAGCAAGAGCUGGUAAUGAUGAGUAUCUGUUUGAUAUUGGGAAUAACUACAACGACAAUCUUUGGGAUGGGCUUUCGUCCCUCAUGCCCGAUGCACACUCAAGUUCUUACGAAGUUGUAGAGGAAGGUUGUUUCACCAUUGAUGCUGCGAGCAAAGGCAAUUUGGGGAGAUUUAUCAACCAUAGCUGUUCCCCUAAUCUUUAUGCACAAAAUGUCCUCUAUGAUCACGAAGACAACAGAAUUCCUCACAUUAUGUUCUUCGCCGCUGAGAACAUUCCUCCUUUGCAAGAGUUGACAUAUGAUUACAAUUAUAUGAUAGAUCAGGUUCGUGAUUCCAACGGCAAUAUAAAGAAGAAGAAUUGCUAUUGUGGUUCUCCAGAGUGCACUGGCCGGCUGUAUUGAGGCAGUUUGAAGCAGCCAAGUCACAUUCAAUUUUCAAUUUAGAAGGAUUUGACUGUGGCUUUUGAGGACGGUGAUCAUGAGAGCAUUUGGAGGCCGAUUGUUAUUACAUACCCUUAGUUUCUUGCCCCUAAUGAUCAAACAGUGAAGACUUGAUUGUGAUCAACAACGCUUCGGAUCCCUGUCCUGUGUCAAUGCUGGUGAGUUAAAUGUGGGUCUGAACUAU